AUGCUUAUCGGCGUGGAUAAUCAACCACCACCAGCAUAUGAAGAAGAAGAUCAUUCAUUGUCGAUGUCACCUCUUAGAAUUGAUGAUAGUAAUGAGAGGGGCAGAAGUAAGUCAGGAUCGCAAUUUGCUGGGUUGACCAUUAAUCUUCCGCAUGAGGGCCCCGUGAAGAACCUAUUGAGCCAGCAGCUUAGGAAACCUGAAAGUGAACGUUCUAGAAAGGUUGAAAGCGAAGAUAUUUCUGAUUCUGUGUCAUCUGUAAAGCCUCCAACUAUGAGUCCAAUUAGAAAUGCUGUGAGCCCUAGACGCCCUACAGAUACAACGAGGCAUUCGAAUUCUAGUGCAGCAUCUAGCGAUACAGGAUUAACUAACUCUAUUAUAAGCUCUUCCCGUUCUAAUGAAACUAAGAAUACGCAAGAUCAAGAUGAAAUCUAUGAAGAUUCAAAUGUGAGUAAUAUUAAUGAUGAGAACGAGAAAGCUGUUUCCACAAGAAAUUUUAGCGAUGAAGGUUAUGCUCCCGAAGCGCCGUUGGUAGGUCAAUUCGAAAACGGGGAUAAGUCGCGUCAAUCGUCUAUUCUGUCAUUAACAUCAUCGCUUGAGAUGCCAGUUGAGCUGACAAUUCCCUUACUAAACCAAUCUAGCUCGUCAUUAUUGGCUCCUCACUCAAAUUUCAAAAGUAUGAACUCAUCGAUUAAUUCAUUAAAUGAAAGAAGAACGAGCAAUGUGCACGAAAUUACUAAAAUUACCGACUUGGUAGAUGGUAUUAAUUUCAACGAUGAGUUAUACAGAGUGAAUGAUAACUUGUCUCACUUAAGGAACCCAAGAAUCAAAAAGCACUAUCAGAAUGAUGAUCAAAUGGUAGAGACUGAAAUAAAUAAACAAAGGCAAAAGUCAUUUGGUGUUGUUAACGAUAACAAUGCUGAUAUGAGAACGAGAAUGAGUUCAUCAAGUGAAUCGACGGUUCACGAAAAUGAUACAGCAAACGAUGUCCCUAACAGUGGUCCGCAUUCUAAUCCGAAUAGUUUAAUCAAACCUCUUUCAGGUUCUCCAGCCCCAGGACUUAAUUAUGGAUUCAUUAUAGAAUAG